GAGAACGCACUAGGACUCACAUGCACAGUGAGGAAUUAUAUAUACGUUGCUUUUUUUAUCACAAAAAGCUCGUUAAAACAAAAGGAGAGAAUGGGUUCUAAGUAUGGAAUCGGCUCUUUGAGCAUCGUAAUGAUUCUGCUCCUCUGCUUCUUGUUAUUAUCCAUGGCUCCGAAACUUGAGGCCGAGCUCACAACGAUCGAACACUCUCCAAACUCAGACGGCUCGAUCAGUUUUCUGGUUAUUGGAGAUUGGGGAAGACGUGGACUCUACAACCAGUCCCAAGUCGCCCUCCAGAUGGGGAGAAUCGGGGAGAAGAUGGACAUCGAUUUCGUGGUUUCCACGGGAGAUAACAUCUACGAUAACGGGAUGAAAAGCGUCGACGAUCCCGCUUUUCAACUCUCUUUCACUGAUAUCUACACUUCUCCUAGCUUGCAAAAGCCUUGGUACCUUGUAUUGGGGAAUCACGACUACAGAGGAGAUGUUGAAGCACAGUUGAGUCCUAUCCUCAGAUCAUUGGACAGCCGUUGGAUUUGCAUGAGAUCCUUCGUCGUAGACGCUGAGAUCGCAGAGCUCUUCUUCGUAGACACCACUCCUUUUGUAGAUGCUUAUUUCCUUGAUCCAAAAGGUCAAACUUAUGACUGGAGAGGCGUUUCACCGCGGGAUUUUUAUCUUCAAUCCAUCUUAACGGACAUGGAGAUGAGUCUAAGAGAAUCAAGAGCAAAGUGGAAAAUUGUGGUGGGUCAUCAUGCCAUCAAGAGUGCUUCCAUUCAUGGGAAUACAAAAGAGCUUGAAUCUCUCCUGUUGCCCAUUCUUGAGGCAAAUAACGUUGAUCUCUAUGUGAACGGUCAUGAUCACUGCUUGCAACAUAUCAGCACAUCUCAGAGUCCAAUUCAGUUUAUAACGAGUGGUGGUGGGUCAAAGGCAUGGAGAGGCUACUAUAAUUGGACAACACCAGAAGAUAUGAAAUAUUUCUAUGAUGGACAAGGUUUCAUAUCGGUUAAGAUCAGUAGAACCGAAAUGGGUAUUGUCUUUUAUGAUGUCUCCGGCAAUAUUUUGCACAAGUGGGACACAUCAAAAAUGUUAUACACGGAUUUAGAUUUCCCACUAUAA